GGACAGGCGGCCUGCUGAUGCCCUGCCCAGCUGGAACUGUGACCCUAGCUUCCUGAGGCCCACUGAGGUCAGGGGCAGGGAUGCUACUUCCUAGCCUCCAACCCAGAGUCAGGGGGCCGAGGCCAGGGGAUCCAGGAGCCUUGGCUUUUUACCCUAGGACAGUAAUAUGUCGAAGCAGCGGAGAUGCUGGGCCAGGAAAAGGGCCGGUCUUUCCAGGUUGUGCGGCCUUAAUUUCCCUGAGGGGAUGCACUUCAAGGGAGAUUCUGGAUGACCUAGUUCCUGGAAGGCGGGGACAAGGGCAAGGCCUGGACCAUGGGCAAGGCUGAUUCUCUCCCCCAGUCCUGUUGCAGCUUAUGGGGGGCUGGCAGGGGCUUCCAUGUCCUGGUUCUUGACAACGCCUGGGGGUGCCCCAGCAGGCUCAGGGCAGAUCCCCUGCCGCCUUACCCUCCGGGGUCUCCAUGGGAAUGGGAACCAGGAUUUCUGGCCUCCAACUUCUCUGAGGGGGCGGGACCCAUUGCAGUCCCACCCCUCCCUGGAAUGGGGCCUCAAAUACCCGCCUGUGCCAGGGCACCAGAGCUGCUGCCAGACCCAGCGGCAGGCAGUCCGGCUGUGCCACAGACCCACCCCAACCUGGACUUCAGACCCCUACUCAGAGCCAGAACCUGAGCCUCUGACACCAACCCAUCCACAUACCCGCGUGUCCAGGCACGAGUACAGCUUCGUGAGCAGUGAGCCCCUGGGUCGGGAACAGUACAAGGAAAUGUACCUGUUCGUCUACAGGAAGGACGUGGUGUCGGUCGUGGACACGUACCAGUACCCGGACCCGGAGGACGUCUUCAGCCGUGAACCUUUCGUAGUCAAGUUCUCGGCCCCCGGCUGCGCCGCCCGGGAGCUCGUGCUGGUCCCGCUGCACGCCGCGCCGCAUCAGGCGGUGGCCGAGAUCGACGCUCUCUACGACGUGUACCUGGACGUGAUCGACAAGUGGGGCACCGACGACUUGGUGUUCCUGGGCGACUUCAACGCCGACUGCAGCUACGUGCGGGCACAGGACUGGGCAGCCAUCCGCCUGCGCAGCAGCGAGGUGUUCAAGUGGCUCAUACAGGACAACGCUGACACCACCGUGGGCAACUCGGACUGCGCCUACGACCGCAUCGUGGUCUGUGGCUCCCGCCUGCGCAGGAGCCUGAAGCCCCAGUCGGCCACCGUGCAUGACUUCCAGGAGGAAUUCGGCCUGGACCAGACUCAGGCCCUUGCCAUCAGUGACCAUUUUCCUGUGGAAGUGACCUUCAAGUCCCACUGACAGCCCCAGGUCUGGCCAGGGCACCUGACUGCACAUGCUGGCCAUGAAGAACAGCCCCAUAGGGCUCCAGAGGCCAGCCCCCAGCGAGGCCGCAGAGCAGUGUCAGUUGGACAAGCAGCUACGGAAACAUCACGGGACCACUAGGAGCCUGUUUCCCCACCUGUAAAAUGGGAUGCCACCACCUACCCCAUAGGGUUGUGAGGAGCACCCCGCAGAGCACUAGCCAUGCAGCUGCCCUCAAUAAACACAAGUGAGUGCUCAGCCAGGACCACACACUG